AUGCAUCUCCUGGAACAUAACUACAUGUACGAAUCUUACGUACCUGGACACCAGAAUAUCGGACUUACGAGACUUGGUUUUUGGAUGUCGACAAAUAUUGGUGAAGAAAUUGUUAUCAGCUUAUGGAAAGAAUGCAUAGACAUACCUGAAAGGUUCAAUCGUUAUGCUAUUGAAAAUGCACCCAGUCCAGUUGUACUUGCUGUAACAAAUGUUAAAGUUACACAUGUUGCCGGAAAAGACAUUCACUAUCAACACAUCUGUGAUGGACUUCACGUUUUACAGACACUUGGUAUUAGAUUCAAACUUGUAGCAACAAUAGCUGACCAUACCGACUCUAUGAACGUCAUACUAUCCGACAAUGCUGCACAAAAGCUGUUAGGAGCACGAUCGGAUGAAUUGAUAACAGAAGACAAUCCUAAUCAUCAGAAAACAAUGCCAUUGCUAUCUGAGAAAAGUAAAAGUUUGCCAAUCAGAAUGACAGUGCGUAUGACGAAAACAUCCACGCGUAACAACAUUCGCUUCAUGAUAACUGACGUUGAAGACAAUGUGGUUCAACAACCUCCAGCUUUGACAACACCUCCCACAUACAUUUUAUUACCCUCAGACCCAACGGACUAG